ACAAACAGAGACACCUGUACACACACACACAGACAUGUACAUACACACACAUACAGAAACACACGCGCACAGAGAAACAUGUACACACACACAUACAGACACAUGUACAUACACACAGACAUAUGUACAUACAUACACAGACACAUGUACAUACAGACACAUGUACACACAGACACAUGUAUGUACAUACACACAAACACACACAUGCACACACACACAGACACACACACACAGCCCUAUAAAAAGUUGCAGUACUUUGUUGUUCACUCACAGAGCCGGGUACUGCACUCUAGGGGGAGGCAGAGAGCACAGCACACACUCCUUCCUUUGCUUUCACUGCGCUCAGCUAUUGAGCAGUCUGAUGGCUCCAAGUGCCAAUGACAGAUCCGGCCUGAGCUCUGAGCCUGCUCAGCAAGACGGCCCUGGGGGACACACUCGCCCCCACCAUAAUUUCCACUCGCCAUUAAGUGGAAAUUUCAAGGCCUGGUUU